CCCGGUAUUUGCGCCGAUGAGUCAUGCAGCAGAUGGCGACAAAAGCUGUCAUCCUGUCAAACUUUUACGUUUAUUAAGUCUUCGAAAUUCGUUUUAUUUACACCAGCUCCAAUUCGACUCGUCUCUGUUAACCCGUGCCGCGACCUAACUCCCCACGAUGAGUUUCUUCGGGAAAAUGUUCGGGAAGAAGGAGGACAAGGGCCCCACGACGGGAGAGGCCAUCCAGAAACUGCGCGAAACCGAGGACAUGCUCAUCAAAAAACAGGAAUACCUGGAAUCCAAGAUCGACCAGGAAGUAAUCACAGCGAAAAAAAACGCGUCAAAAAAUAAACGAGCGGCCAUUCAGGCCCUGAAGAGGAAGAAACGGUACGAAAAGCAGCUCCAACAAAUCGAUGGCACGCUCAGCACCAUCGAGAUGCAGAGGGAGGCCCUGGAAGGUGCCAACACGAACACGGCUGUCCUGAAGACCAUGAAAGACGCGGCGGACGCGCUUAAAAACGCCCAUCUCAACAUGGAUGUUGAUGAGGUGCAUGGUAUGAUGGACGACAUUGCCGAACAACAGGACUUAGCGAAUGAAAUCUCGAACGCGAUUAGCAACCCGGUUGGAUUUGGGGACGACGUGGACGACGACGAGCUCGAAAAGGAGCUGGAGGCGCUGGAGGAAGAAGCCUUGGAGGAGAAAUUAGUCGAGGUGCCUCAUCCACACGAGCUACCAGCUGUGCCUACUGGAGAUAUUGCUAAACCGAAACCAGCGAAGAGCCGAGUCGAUGACGAUGAUGACAUGAAGGAGCUGGAAGCUUGGGCUUCGUAAAUUCAGGGAUUAUUCACAUUAACAGUUUUUGUCACCGUAUAAAGCUGCAAUAACGAGCACGUGGUUCGGCUGGUAGUGCUUUGUUUGGAGCAUAAUCCGCUUUUUUAAAUUGUACAUAAACAGGUAUAUAAUUAAGCUAAACGUGUAUCUAAUUAUUGUUGAUGAGUAAUUUUACUAUUGUGUUUUGGUAGGUAAUAAAUAUUAUAUUUACAUA